UUCCACAUCAUUUCUUCCAGGGGAAGCUUUUUCCAGCCUCCUAAAGAUUUAUUAGGCUGAUAAUGAUUCUCCCUUGUGCCCCAAGACCCCGUGUCUUCAGAUCCAGCUUGGCUGUGCCAAGCCAGCAAGGACCUGCCUUGCCUUUCCUUUGAUCGCAAGAUGCAGACUCCUGGGGCCAAGAUAUUCCCAGCUUCCCAAGAGACAUUGGGGUUUGCAGACACCUCUUGGCGCAGUGCGAGCUCCAGUGGGGUCCCAGCAUCGCCAUGAAACAGCCAUCGCCCUGCCCCAUCCCUCUCCCAGGUACCUCGGAGACAUCAGCAAGAGCCGAGCGCUUUGCACCGUCACUGGAACCAAAACAUCACGGACCAGCUUCUGCAGAAGGACCUGGGCAGUGAGGCCAGGGCUCUGCGAGGAAGGUGAAGGAGCUGAGAGAAUUUUCUCUUCCACCCCCAAAGCAAGGAAAGAUGAUAUCUCGACUCCUCUGAAUCGGGUGUGCCCAGUGACCAGCAGAGCCAUGGAUCUGGAAUUCGAGCUGCCCAACGCCACCGAGUUCUGGUUCUCCCCAGCUUCCCCAUUCGACAACUUCUCUGUGGAGCCACUUGCCAACACAUCACAGAAUGCCACAGGCCACCAUUUUGACCUGACCAGCAACGCCAUCCUCACCUUCAUCUACUUUGUGGUCUGCAUUAUAGGGCUGUGUGGCAACACGCUGGUGAUAUAUGUCAUCCUUCGCUACGCCAAGAUGAAGACCAUCACCAACAUCUACAUCCUGAACCUGGCCAUUGCAGAUGAGCUGUUCAUGCUAGGCCUGCCCUUCCUGGCUAUGCAGGUCGCGCUGGUACACUGGCCCUUUGGCAAAGCCAUCUGCAGGAUUGUCAUGACAGUGGACGGGAUCAAUCAGUUCACUAGUAUCUUCUGCCUGACAGUCAUGAGUGUUGACCGCUACCUGGCUGUUGUCCAUCCCAUUAAAUCUGCCAAGUGGAGGCGGCCUAGGACAGCCAAAAUGAUCAAUGUGGCCGUAUGGGGUGUCUCCCUUUUGGUGAUCAUGCCCAUCAUGAUUUAUGCUGGAGUGCAGCAUAAUCAUGGCAGGAGUAGCUGCACCAUCAUCUGGCCGGGGGAGUCUGGUGCAUGGUACACAGGCUUCAUUAUCUAUGCCUUCAUUCUGGGUUUCCUGGUGCCUCUCACCAUUAUCUGCCUUUGCUACUUGUUCAUCAUUAUCAAAGUGAAGUCCUCUGGGAUCAGAGUGGGCUCCUCCAAGAGGAAAAAGUCCGAGAAGAAAGUCACCAGGAUGGUCUCCAUUGUGGUCGCUGUCUUCAUCUUCUGCUGGCUCCCCUUCUACAUCUUCAACGUCUCCUCUGUCUCCGUCCUGAUCGUGCCCACGCCCGUCCUCAAGGGCAUGUUUGACUUUGUCGUGGUCCUCAGUUACGCCAACAGCUGUGCCAACCCCAUCCUUUAUGCCUUCUUGUCCGACAACUUCAAGAAGAGCUUUCAGAAUGUCCUCUGCCUGGUCAAGGUCAGCGGUAUGGACGAUGCAGACCGGAGUGACAGCAAGCAGGACAAAUCCAGGCUAAACGAGACCACGGAAACCCAAAGGACCCUGCUCAAUGGUGACCUGCAGACGAGCAUCUGAGAGGACAACAGGGUUGUCCAUCAUUUGCGCUCCUCUUCUCACUUGCUCCCAACUCUGCAACAGGGCAAUGGCACACACCAAGUCAGGGCAGGAGUGCCAGGUCUUUCCUUGGUCAGCUUGGGGGAUGGUGGUGCUAUCAGAUGGGCGGGGGGUGUCGUAAACUCGGGCUAGCUUCUGAGCUGCUGGCAGGUUGGUUUUCAAGCACUGGCAAGGAUAUGGCUCAAGAGAAACUGUCUUGCCAGGAAAACAAAGACAACUUGUAGACAUCCAUACGUGAUGGGCACACGUUUAAGCAUAAGAAGUGCCAGCUGUGGGACAAAAUCCUCCUUGGCGCGACUCCACUGGUUUCACUGGUGUAACUCUGCGGGCUGAGGUCAGCUUGGGAUGCUCUGCCCCAGAAACGGCGUCUGCGCACACGCACGCACGCACGCACGCACGGCCUGCGAGGCUCGGCAGCUUGCUGGGCUGGGGGUGGCCUCGGGAGGAGCAGGGCCACGGGUGAGGGUGCAGAGAGGCAGACGCGGUGUCUA